AUGCGAGGGAAAGUUCACAAGUUAUUCAGGCCUAAGCUCGUAUGUCUAGAAUGCAGAGCCAAAAAGCUCAAGUGCGAUAAGUUGCGUCCGACGUGUACACGCUGCAGAAAGAACUCAUUAUACUGCGUUUACGGCGACUCUUCCCGUCCUGACGAGGAAUACAGUGCAUCAGAGGAACUGAAAUUAGGGUCUAACGCACAAGGAGCUGACGGACUAGACACUGAUAGUGGUAAAAGGAGCAUUAAAAAUGGUAUCGCGUCUCCUAGUCACGGGCGUCUUGCAGAUCGCACUAUAAACUUGUGUUCCCCGAAAAAUAUGCUAGUUGUUAGAGGGUCAACGACGUUUGUGGAUUAUCCAUUCUCAGCCCAUAGUAUAACACAACACGAUCCUUAUGCCCGUGUCCUGUGUGGCUCGUUGCACGGGCUAACACUCAUCGAGUUGAGCAACCAUUUAAGGGGACACAGCAAGGCGGUGGAUCCUCGGGUUGUGAGCCCACUCCCAUACAUUGAAAAGGCGAUUGUGAAGCAUAUGGAAUAUGCUCGUUUAAAAUCAACUCGGCUCACAUUUCGGCCUUCAGGCCCGCGGUCCUUAGAUGACGACAACUCUGUAUCGGAACUCAACCGGCUUUUCAAGGAAAUCGAAGAUGCUUUGAUGGACCAAAGAGAUUGCGAUAGUCUGUUGAAAGCAUUUUACCAAGAGAUUUAUCCAUUUCACCCCUUCAUGAAUGUCUCAUUGUUCGAGGAGAUUUUGAAGGCUAUUUUUGUUGUGGAUGUUCACAAUCGCCUUAAGAUUACCAUUACCGGAAAUGACAGGCGCAAAAAAGUUGAGGGAUUGUGCAUCUUCUUGAUGGCAGUCUCCAUGGCACUUAAGCGUGAGCUGUUGAAUUCUAGCCAGCUCCUCGUAACAAAAGUGGCCGCUUCCAAAACCGCCAGACUGCUGUCUGAAUUUGCCGUCAAGCUCAUUGACCUCUUGGAUAUUUUCAAUUACACCAAUGAAGGAGGACUUACAUGCGCCUUGUACUAUUACGUGUCGCAAUAUCUGGAUCCUGAGGCGGCAGAUGUCUCGCCAUCGCACACCCAGCUCUUACACCUAAAGAAUAUCGCUGGAAUGGCAACCACACUGGGACUACAACAUGAGCCAUCAAAAUAUGGACGAUAUAGAGAUUUGAAAAUUGCUGCGACAAGACGAGCUCUAUGGUUUGGCAUUCAAUCACUUAUAUUCCAAGUAGCUCUCGCGGAAGGGGCUUCUGACAUGCUUAGCUCCGACCAGAUGGAACAUUUCUUGCGGGACAUGACAGCCGCGGAAAAUUUCCCAGAAAUUACUGACUGCAUGAGUGAGCAGUUGAAGGUCGAGCUGUUCGAAAUUGCUACCAGCAAAUACAAAUUUCAUUUGGAACUUAAUAAAGUAAUGUCUGCUUGUGCACCAUUCACCGAGGACGUGCAACUAGGAAAGAUUCUUAAAAAUGUUGAAAAGUCCGAACAUUUCAUGAAAUCGGCAUUUCCAAUACAAAUACCCGAGGAAUCGCCUCAGAUCCAAUUAAAAUCAAGGUUAUUGGCUUUUGAAAGAGGCGCCACCAUAGAUAUAACUAACAUUAAAAGGACUGAGAUGUUUUUGGGAAAUCUAGUGGGACGGCUGUGUUUUCUGAAUCUUUACGAUAUGCUAUCACUUCAGUUUGAGAAGGAGUGCGCAGAUGAUUGGGAAACUAAUGAGAUAUACUAUCACCAGAUGGCCAUAAAAGCCUUUUUUACAUAUCUUGACUUAACUGACCUCAUCUCCCGCUACUUGUCUGGGCAGCUCGGCGGAAUAUGUCAGCAAUACGGUUAUGCCGUUAACAAGCAGGUUUCUUUUGCCAUUCUCAGGAUAUGGAUAUUCCAAUGCCAGUACCUUUUGAGACUUUCGUUCAAGCACGAAAUAGUGUUCACACAAGCACAGUGUGAUAGAGACGGUGAUGACCUGAACCCGGGCGUUAAAAACUCGGAUUAUGAGAGCGUCCUUUUGAAUUUGAGGCGACAUGUUCGAAAUCAGAUGGUGGCUUUAAUUGACUUGGCAGAGAGCACGAUCAAGGACACAUAUAUGUCAUGUUUCAAGACGAUACCGAUGUUCAAAUACCUUGCCUAUGUUGUGGACAACAAUAAGUUGGUUCUAGCUGCAAAUGAGUUUUGGCAGCUAGUUUCUGAGGGAAAUCCAAUCCCACAAAGCAUCCGUGAAGAAAUAGCUCUAAAGUGGGGGCUUGAACCACUUAAAUCCAAGUCAAUCCUGUAUCACUUGACGGGCCCGCAUGCCCUCAGAUGUUUUGAUUACAACCUCAUCGUUCACCUGGAAAGCCGGAGCAUGAAAUCUUAUUUUGAACGAGAUCCACAGCGAGCCAAUGGCAACUCGCCACCAUUCUCAUCUACGGGAAUGAAUGAGACAGACACCUUAAAUCAAAUUUUGGAAAGCAGUUCAGAGGCCUUCUGGACGUUUUUGAUAGAUAAUAGCAGUCGCUUUCCGUCGUGA